AUGGCUGCUGAGGUGGCGACGUCUGGUUGGGUGGCGAUCGGACGGUCCAAGAGCAGCAAGAUGUACCCCGCUGAUGCAGCCAUUGGGAAUCUGCCACCUGGAACUCUCGCCAACGGGGUGGCGGUGGGAGCCUAUCACAUGAGCGGCUACGGCCUGUCUGACGUGGCACUGACGUCAUCGUUUGAGCUGACCAACACGGCGACCACCACAGCAAAUGGGAGAACAACCAUCACCAUCAGCAGCACCAGCAGUGCCGCUCGUGUGGCCUUUUUCCGCAUUUGCCGCAUUUGCCGUGUCGAAUCGUGGAGCCUUGUUUCCCAAUCCAUCAACCCACCUCUUUCCCCAAAAUCCCCACUCCCCUCCCCACCCUUCCCCACUGUUCUCUUUGAGCGUCCCCUCGCGGCACGUUCAGAUCAGUCCCCAUCAGCAGCAGUGGCGCCACCAGCAUGCUUGGGGCCUUCUCUCCCUUUUUUUUUCUUGCCUUUCUUUUCCAACUCUGCUCUUUCUCAUUCCUUCCCUCUGCACCACACCCACACCACAACUGCAGCUUCGAGCGACCCCUUUCGGUGGGAGCGGUCCCCAUCAGCAGCAGCAAUGUCACCACUCUUCCCUUUCCCUGUCCUCUUCUCCCUUCUCUCCCGCAGCUUCGAGCGCCCCCUCUCAGUGGGAGAGGUCCCUAUCAGCAGCGGCGCCACCAGUGUGCUCUGGGCUUUCUCAGACUUCGAGCGACCCCUCUCAGUGGGAGCCGUCCCCAUCAGCAGCAGCGGCGCCACCAGCGUGCUCUGGGCCUUCUCUCGCUCCGACUCGCAGCAACUGGACGACCACGGGCCCAACGAGUGA